AUGGAUUCUACCACAAUUUGUGAUGAGUUUUGUAAAUUGCUAAUUAAUUGUGCGAAUAACGGGUUCAAGCCUGUUGAUUUUUUCACUUUUUAUAAUGAGUUUUUUAAUGAAAAAUUUGGCUCUUUUUUGGAUUUAAAUAACGAAAGCAGGGCUAGCACCAAUGUCAACAUUCCUACAAUCUCUAAUGAUAACACAAACUUUAUAUCAACAAAUACAGCAGAAACAACAGAUACCGCAACUUUGGAAAAGAAUAGAAUAUACGAUUUAUUAAGUGGAUGUUUUAUGAAAUGUUUAAAAAAUAAUUAUUGUGUCUCUCAUAUUAUGAUUUUAUUAACUGAUUAUAUGGUUGAAUUAUGUUUUUUUAAUUACAAUUCUAGUUUUGUUAAUAGGUUACUAAAAAUAAUUAUGAGUCUAAUUAACGAAAAGGAUGCAAUCGUUAUACACUUUUUCACCAAAUCUACUAAAUUCUUCAAUAAUUUGUCAGACAAAUUGGUGGUUGAAGACUUCUUAGUUCAUGAUAUUCCAACUAUCAUUUUUCCCGCAAUAAUGUCUUUUAAUUUCAAAGAAAUCCAUUCAAAACAAAUCAUAAUAUCACUAAGUAAAUUUUUACAAAGUGUUAUUUCUAUUCAGCCAACAACCUGUGUAGUAACAGACCAAUUGGUACAAACUAAUAUUAAAAUUUUAGUUAACAAUGUGUUGUUACCUAUUAAUAAAUUGCUGGCACAGAAAUUGUCUUUGCUAAUUCAGAAGAAAUGUGAUUUUACUCAAAUUAAGGAGACCGAUGUCGUCGUUGAUAAAAAUCAUGUGGGAACAAACUCCAAUGCCUUUUCUGCUCAAAAUACUCUUAGAAAGUACUCGGACCCCAGCAUUCCUGUUGAAACACCCUCAAUCACCUCACCAAAAUUUAUUUCUACUUCACCACAAAACAAUGCUAAUGGUACCAGUGUUACAAACCAUUCUUCUAACUCAGGAGACAUCAAUUCCAAUGUUCCUUUAGCUGUAGACUCUGAUUCUGCUUCAACAGUUCAAAAAUAUUACGAUUUCAAACUAUUACGUUACUACAAGAAUUUAUGGUUAAAUAAUAGGAUACAUAAUUGGUAUAGUAGUGAAGUUGACUUUUUCCCCAAGUAUCAAUCUAUUGAAGCCACAAUAGUUUCCGAAACACAUCACCCUAUUCCUUCAUUGGACACAGCUAUGGUGGAUUUCAUAGAAACAUCAUUUACCUGUUUUGCACAAUUCCUGAAUAAUAUUCAAUAUCAUCAAUCAAACUCUAAUUACGACCUUUUAGAGAAAAAAUGGACCAUAUUUAUUAGCAAAAGAAUCCCAUUGAUUAUUAGUCAAUAUUGUGGUACAGCAAAACCAUACAUACCUAUAAGAGCUUUGCAGAACAUUGAUGAUAAAGUUAUUAAGGCUAUAAAAACAUACUAUUCCACUAAAGACAACGAAGAUCCAUCCCAAACUAAUGAUGAUCUCUUUGAUGAUUUUAAUACCAACCCUAAAAGAGACUUUGAUAUAAGACAUGAGUUUCUGAGCAAUUUGAUUAUGUUGAAAUUACAGCCACCCAAUGUAAUGAAUGAAUUUUUAAGAGAUGACCAGAUGAUGGAUCUUAAAUCCAUACUUAUUGAUGAAAACAUAUUUUUUAAAAACCACCAGAAUACUAUGGAAAAAAUAUGGGAUGUGAAAAAAUUUGUCAAGACAUCAAUUGAGGAAUUUGAUUUUGAAAAUUUGUUUGAAGGGGAUAGCAAUUUUAUAGCCAAUAGAAGUGAAUUCCACGGCUUAUUAAAUGUUUUGCAAAAUUUUGAAAAAGUAGCACCAACAAGCCAGGUUGUUAUCGCACAAACUUUUUUGGAAAUGCUAACUGCCAGCGUUAAAACAUUUGAUUAUAAAACUUUGUCUAAAAUCUGUUGUUUGUUAACUUUAAAUUUCAAUCAUUCCUUAACCACCAUUUUUUCCCACAUUCAACCAUAUCUUUUCCUACUCCCGUUACUCAAUUUUGUCGAUAAAUUAUGGGACGAAAAGGUUUACGAAAUUACCAGUUCUACGAAUAAUGAUACAGAUAUAGAGUCUGUCAACGAUUAUAUAGCAUUUCCCUUUGUCUUGGUUUUUAUUUUACAUGUUUCUAAGGAAUAUAAUGUUGAUAUAGAAGACAUAAUGGUUCAAAAUGACGUUACGGACUUGAAUAAGUCCUUUAUAUUGAGCUUUAUUCGUGAUUUAUACUACAUUCCCGAAGAUUUGACGCUUCCAGUAACUAAAGAGCCAUACAAUUCUUCUAAAUUAUUGCAGGAUUGGACCAAAAGCUUAUUUGUUGAUAUUUCUAUAUCUGAUGACUUAAUUAAAACAGCCAAUGUUAAAGAUUUGGCUUAUUUGCUACCAUUUAUGUUUAAGCAGUGUAUUGAAACGUUAGAAAGUAUUACCAAUCCGAAAAAUAUGGAAAAUAUCAGACAACAAUUGGAUCCUAGAAUGUUAAGCACUUUAAAUGAACGUGUUAUGGGUGGGUUUGAGUAUUUUUUGCAGCCCUUUAUGAUGGUUGGGCUAAUUAAAAUUGUUUUCAAUUUGGAAACUAUAUUAAAUUCGUUAAAAGCAAAAGGGUUGAUGGAAAUUAACUUAAUUUUUGAGACCAUCUUAAAUAUGUUGACUCCUUUGUUCAAUGAGUCUUCUUUGUUAAAUUAUGACUCAAAGGCCCUACACAAUUUAAUAUUCCGUUUAAAUAGUCCUAGAUUGCUUUUAACUUUGAAAUUGUUUAGAAAACAACCUUCACAACCCCAGUCCUCUUUAUACGGGGUUUAUACAGCGGAAUCGCAAGGCAAUCCUAAGUUAGAAGAUCUAAUAAACAAAUUAGAAAAGUUAUGUGAUGGCGCAAUCUUAUAUAACAUAAACACUAUAUUUACCAAUCAAAAACAAAAGCAUCCACACCAGCAGCACAGUCCAAACCCACAAAAUCAAUCACCCCAAACAAGUCCGUCAAUUAGUAUCUCGGGUGCUCAUCAAGUUCAGUUCGAUUUUAAAAUUACCAAUGAAUGUCCCGUAAAUAAGCUAAUGACAAACCAAACAAAUAGCUUCUGGAAUCUACAUAGUAGCACAUAUUAUAAUAUGGACUACUUAUUGGAAUUAAUAGAUUUAAUUACCCCUACAAACUUUUUCUACGAUGUUUAUCAAACUUUAUUGUAUAAAGUUCGUGCUUAUGGUAUACCUACCAUUGGCAAUGUCUUUAAAAAAAGUUUAUCGUUUAGAGAUGAUUUCAAUAUAGUUUUGAUUUAUUUUUUUUAUUUUACCAUUUUAUUGGAUUUUAAAGAUAACACUGAACGAUUGAAAACGUUGCACUUUUUAGAAUCGCCAAUAUUUCUUGCCGCCUCGGAUCAAGAUAAACGAGAAGCAGACAAAUCUAUUAUUGACUCUAGUAAGUCACUUCCAAAAGAGCAAAUAAAUGGUUCUCAGAUACAACAUGAGGAUGAGAAUGAAGAAACCAACCAUGUCGAUGAUAAUACUGGUGGUAAUGUUAAUGAUAAUGGCACCAACACUAACAAUGACAAUAAUAGUAGUAAAGAUGUAAAAUCGGAUGAAGUUGAAACUAAGAAUAUGUUGCCAGAAGUUCAAUCAACCGAAUUUGCUGAUAUAGAUUCUAAAUUCGAUGAUGAUAAUGAUGAAAUUAACAUGCUAUUUGGCGAAGAUAUUACUUCUGAACAAAUAGAUGAUGUAAUAAUGGAAGAUGCUGAUAUUAACAGUAGAAAUGAUUUGGAUAGCACAGAGAAAUCUAUUGCUAAAAACAAUACAGUCAAUAAAACGCCACUGCCCAUUCUGGAUAGCGAUAAGGACAGUGCUACAGAUGAACAAAGUUUUUUUAAAGUUUCAUAUCUGAAUAGGAAUUCCUUUGUUGGGUUAUUGUAUCGUAUGAAAACCAGAAAUAGCUCUCCAUUUGAAAAUUUUGAAGAAAUUUAUGAUAUUUAUCUCCAAUUAUUAAAAAAAUCAAUCGUUUGA